GCCGCGCAGAGGCCACCGUCCAGGGCAGUGCCGGGGGGCAGCGGGGCGGGAGAUGUGCCUGUCCUUAGCGGCCCAGGAAACAGCAUGCACCCCGAUGCCACCGACAGCAGCGGCGCCGGCCUGGGCCCCGCGCCGGCCGCAGGCGUGCGCGGCCGUCCCGCCCCGGGCUCCGCGGGCCGGCAGCGGAGGGAGUCUGAGGAGAGCGCGCCGGCGACCGCGGCGCCUGGGGGCCCGCGAGGCGGCAGCCGGUGGGUGCCGGUGGUCCUGCCCGCUCUCGCCGCCGUGGUCUUCUCCUUCUUGGGACCCGGCUGCUGGCUGGUGGCGGGAGGCGGGGGCCCGUGCACCGUCCUGCUCCGCCUCCUCCUGUACCUGAGCUCUGCCGCGGCCGCCCUCUUGCUGGGGACCCUCUGCGCCCUCGUCUGCCGGAGCCUGCGCGCCCCGCCGCCCGACUUCGUUUCCGCCUGGAGCCGGGUGGCCACGGCCGCCCGCUGCCCGCUGGGGAAGCUGGAGUGUGGAAACUCACAAGAGACAGUUCAGCCUAGAAGGGUAGUCAUUUCUCAUAAUAUGGAUAAAGCUUUGAAAGAAGUGUUUGACUACAGUUACAGAGAUUAUAUCCUCUCUUGGUAUGGUAACCUCAGCAGAGAUGAGGGACAGCUUUACCAUCUGCUCUUGGAAGACUUUUGGGAAAUUGCCAGACAGCUACGCCACAGGCUGAGUCAUGUGGAUGUGGUUAAAGUUGUCUGCAAUGAUGUUGUGAGGACUCUACUCACUCACUUCUGUGACCUGAAAGCAGCUAAUGCCAGACAUGAGGAACAGCCAAGACCUUUUGUGUUGCAUACAUGCUUGAGGAACGCAAAUGAUGAAGUAAGAUUCCUACAAAUGUGUUCUCGAGUUCUGGUGUUUUGUCUCCUCCCCUCAAAGGAUACCCAGUCUCUCAGCUUACGUAUCAUGCUUGCGGAAAUACUCACUGCAAAAGUCUUAAAGCCAGUGAUAGAAUUGUUAAGUAAUCCAAAUUAUAUUAACCAAAUGCUGCUUGCCCAGUUGGAAUAUAGAGAACAGAUGAAUGAGCAUCACAAGAGAGCCUACACAUACGCUCCUUCUUAUGAAGAGUUCAUCAAGCUUAUCAACAGCAACUCUGAUGUGGAGUUCUUGAAACAACUAAGGUAUCAGAUUGUAGUAGAAAUAAUUCAAGCGACUACAAUUAGCAGCUUUCCCCAACUGAAGAGACACAAGGGUAAGGAAUCUGCUGCAAUGAAAGCUGAUCUCCUGAGGGCCAGAAAUAUGAAAAGGUACAUUAACCAGCUGACUGUGGCCAAGAAACAGUGUGAAAAGAGAAUAAGAAUCCUUGGAGGUCCCUCCUAUGAUCAGCAGGAUGAUGGGGCCUUUGAUGAUGGGGAAGGGCCUCAAAGUCAGAAGAUUCUUCAAUUUGAAGAUAUUUUGGGCAGUCCUUUCUAUAGAGAACACUUUCGAAUAUACAUGGAAAGGAUGGACAAGAGAGCUCUGAUUGGUUUUUGGGAGUCUGUGGAACAUUUAAAGAGUGCUAACAAGAAUGAAAUCCCACAAUUAGUUGGUGAAAUUUACCAGAAUUUCUUUGUGGAAAGCAAAGAAAUCUCAGUGGAAAAAUCCCUUUACAAAGAAAUCCAGCAGUGUCUUGUAGGAAAUAAGGGGAUUGAGGUAUUCUAUAAAAUCCAGGGAGAUGUUUAUGAGAUACUAAAGGAGAGGUACUACCCUUCAUUUAUUGUCAGUGACCUGUAUGAGAAAUUGAUGAUGAAAGAGGAAGAGAAACAUGCUUCCCAUUUGAUUUCCAACAAGGAUGAAAUGGUUCCAGGAGGUGAGGCUGGGGAGGAUACAGUGGAUGAAGGCACCAGUGGAAUUAGUGAACAAGCCAGCUUUACUGUAAGCAAACUAAGAGAGCUAAGUGAGAAACUCGAAUACAAAAAACAAGCUCUAAGUUCUAUUCAGAAUGCGCCAAAACCUGACAAGAAGAUUGUUUCCAAGUUGAAGGAUGAAAUACUUUUAAUAGAGAAAGAACGCACAGAUCUUCAGCUGCACAUGGCAAGAACAGACUGGUGGUGUGAGAACCUUGGCAUGUGGAAAGCCUCCAUUACCAGUGGAGAGGUUACAGAAGAGAAUGGUGAGCAGAUGCCUUGUUACUUUGUCACAGUGAGCUUACAAGAAGUCGGAGGAGUUGAAACUAAGAAUUGGACUGUCCCAAGAAGACUCAGUGAAUUUCAGAAUUUACACCGGAAGCUUAGUGAGUGUGUCCCUUCUUUAAAAAAAGUCCAGUUGCCUUCUCUUAGCAAGCUGCCUUUCAAAUCUGUAGAUCACAAGUUUCUGGAAAAGUCAAAGAAUCAGUUAAAUAAGUUUUUACAGAAUUUACUUUCAGAUGAACGACUGUGUCAGAGCGAAGCACUUUAUGCCUUUUUGAGCCCUUCUCCUGACUACCUCAAGGUUAUUGAUGUGCAGGGGAAAAAAAACUCCUUUUCAUUAUCCUCAUUUUUGGAAAAACUUCCUCGUGACUUUUUCUCCCAUCAGGAGGAAGAGAUAGAGGAAGACAGUGACCUGUCAGAUUAUGGUGAUGAUGUGGAUGGGAAGAAAGACUCCUUGGCUGAACCAUGUUUCAUGCUGAUUGGAGAGAUUUUUGAACUUCGAGGAAUGUUUAAGUGGGUGAGAAGAACAUUAAUUGCUCUUGUUCAGGUCACAUUUGGAAGAACCAUCAACAAACAAAUCCGGGACACAGUGAACUGGAUUUUCAGUGAGCAAAUGUUGGUUUACUACAUCGGUGUUUUCCGGGAUGCUUUUUGGCCAAAUGGGAAAUUGGCAGCACCAUCUGCAAUUAGAAGUGAUGCAGGAAGUCAGGAAACAAAACAGAAGGCGCAGCAAAAGCUACUUGAAAACAUUCCAGAUACACUUCAAAGCCUUGUUGGACAGCAGAAUGCCCGUCAUGGUAUAAUAAAAAUAUUCAAGGCACUUCAAGAAAGAAGAGCUAACAAGCAUCUAUUAUAUGUGCUGAUGGAGCUGCUGCUAAUUGAACUGUGUCCUGAGCUAAGAACUCACUUAGAUCAAUUCAAGGCUGGUCAAGUCUGAGACUGCACAAUUCAGCCACCAGAGAAAUGUCUGUGUAAUAAUAGACAUGAAACAUUUUCCUCUUUUCCACAGAGGGCCUGACUGAGAACCAUAGCAAUUUUUAUUUUUAUUUUAGAUCCUCCCUCUAAUUUCAUGUAAAACAAGCAGAAUUGAGGGGCGGGGAGGGAGACUAGAUACUAUAGUAGGCCACAACAAAAUUGUUUAUUGAUUUUAUUUAAAUACUAUAAAUACUUUAAAGUUCAACAUGCUGGUUGCAAUACAAAUGUUAAUAGGUGAUAAGAAUCUAGGACAUAUUUUAAAUAUUUAUGGAAAUCAGUUUUGUUUUAAAAUGAAGAACUAUGAAUAUUGUACAGUUAAUUUCCUCACUGAGGAUUCUAGACAUUCCUGUGUUAUUUCAUGUGUAUGAGAAACAUUGUUGUGCAAUGCUUUGUGUAAAGUUACUGUGAAAAUUUUAUUGUCUUUAUUUUUACCAAAGAUUUACCAUAGUUUGAAGCAUUUGAAGCAAUAAAAUAUAAAAAUGAA